AUGGCUACGUCUCACAAGACACCUCGUCCUCUCCACGAUGCCGUCACCAGCUCCUUUCUCCUCGCCAAUCUGCACUGUCCCACCUGCGUUUCCGCUAUACGCCGGGUCCUGCAGGAGUCGUGUGCUGAACAGAUCUUCUGGGUAUCGCCGAACAUCGUGACCUCGGUGGUCACUGUGGAACACGACCCAGCGGCCAACGUCAAGAACAUUGCCGCUGCCCUUGAGGAGGCUGGUUUCGCAGUCUGCGCAGUCAGCUCGUCCGCCGAGGUCGUCGAGGACUUGGCCGGGCUGGAUCUCGAGGAGGGAUCCAACGUCGCAAACAGCGAGUCUAACGGGACGUUUAAAAGUCUUCCCCCUCGCCCCCUCCUACCGCGUUGGAUGAGCAACCCUCGAUACAACAAGCCAGGCGCCAUGAAGUCAACACAGUUCAGAUCACAUCUCGAGAACUGCAGCGAGUGUCGCCGCAAGUCGAACGGAGACGUGCAAGCGUGUUGGGAUGCCGAAAAGGACGACAUGCUAGCCGAGAUACCCCUCGCGUUCACGAGCUCAAGCAACCAGCGUUUGGACAAGUCCGGAGUCAUGACUUCUAUGUCGACUCUGAAAUCGGUGAAAUCAUUUUCGACUGCCGAGACCGAAGUUCCAUCCAUAUCCGUACCGGCCGGCGAGCCGACAUGGAGAGCGAGUCUGGCUGUAGGGGGCAUGACAUGUGCGGUCUGUGUCAACGCCAUCACAGAUGAGUUGAAGAAGAAGGACUGGAUUUCCAAGGCCGUUGUGAAUCUUCUUUCGAACAGCGCCACGGUCGAGUUCACCGACAGGAAGAAUGCCGAGAAGGUGGUGGAGAUCAUAGAGGACUUGGGAUAUGAAGCAACGCUCGAUAAUGUCGUCAGCGUCGAGCAAGACGCUCCCAAGGGUCAGGAACGUACAGUCGAGAUUAGGAUUGACGGCAUCUACUGCGAGCAUUGUCCGAGCCGGGUCACCAACAGCUUGUGCGGCUUCCGCCGAUCGCUGGACAUCAUCAACAAGCCCACCCUUCAGAAGCCCAUCAUCAAACUCGCAUAUGUCCCUGAGGCCCCAGAUUUCACCAUCCGCCGAAUACUCGCCGCCAUCGAGGCAAGUGACCCAGCGUUCAGCGCAUCCGUACACCACCCCCCAACUCUGGAGGAGCGGUCCAAGCAAAUCCACGCCAGACAUCAGCGGCAGAUCCUCUACCGUGUGAUUUUCGCAGGAUUGACCUGCAUUCCCACCUUCGUCAUCGGCAUUGCCUACAUGUCUCUUGUUUCCGACAAGAACAUGGAGAAGCACUUUCUCAUGCGUCCAUGGACAUCCGGCAUCAGCCGGGCACAGAUUGCCCUCUUUAUCCUGGCGACCCCGGUGUAUUUCUUCGGUGCGGAUGUCUUCCAUCGCCGAGCAGUCAAGGAGAUAUUGACACUGUGGCGGCCCGGGAGCCGCACUCCGAUCCUGCAGCGCUUCUACCGCUUCGGCAGCAUGAACACACUCAUGAGCCUGGGGACCACCAUUGCAUACAUCAGCAGCGUGAGCCAAAUGAUUGCAGCAGCCGCGUACCAACCCGAGUCGGUUAAUAACUCGAACUUUUACUUUGAUUCUGUUGUGUUUUUGACCUUCUUCCUGCUCUUGGGCCGUCUCAUCGAAGCGUACAGCAAGUCACGCACUGGGGACGCGGUCGAGAUGCUUGGCAAGCUUCGACCGACUACCGCGAUCUUGGUGGAACAGAAGGGUGAUAGGCCGACCGAGGACAAGGUUGUUCAGGCCGACUUGCUGGACUUUGGUGACGUGGUGCGGGUGCCGCAUGGCUCUUCGCCACCCGCAGACGGCACGGUUGUCCAAGGUGAGACCAACUUUGACGAGUCGAGUCUGACCGGCGAAUCACGUCCCGUCAAGAAGAGACAGGGGGACGAAGUUUUCGCCGGCACGGUGAACAAGAAUGCAGCGGUGCUGGUGAAGAUCACGGGCCCUUCCGGGAGCUCCAUGCUCGACCAGAUCGUCGCCGUCGUGCGCGAAGGCCAGACGAAGCGCGCGCCUAUCGAGCGCAUCGCUGAUCUCCUCACGUCCUAUUUCGUGCCCAUGGUCACCCUCGUCGCCAUCAGCACAUGGAUCAUCUGGAUGUGCCUGGGCUUCACCGGCAGGAUUCCUGGCCACUUCUUGGACGUGACGUCGGGCGGCUGGGUUGCCUUCAGCCUUCAAUUUGCCAUCGCCGUCUUCGUGGUCGCCUGUCCCUGUGGUCUGGGUCUUGCUGCGCCAACGGCGAUCUUUAUCGGCGGUGGGAUGGCCGCCCACUACGGUAUCCUAGCUAAAGGAGGUGGCGAAGCAUUCGAGAAAUCCAGUCGAAUUGACGUCAUCGUGUUUGACAAGACCGGGACACUGACGAUGGGCGGAGAGCCCAGUAUCACGGAUGCUGAGCUGUUCCCAGAGCAGGAUGCUGAUGAGAGGCGGAUCGGACAGAUGUUGGCUGCACUGAAGGGAGUUGAGGAGAACAGCAGCCAUCCGAUCGCCAAGGCUGUCGUAGCUUACUGCAAUUCCAAGCAGCUUGCCACAGAUGGCCGUGUCGAGGAUGUCGAGGAGAUCCCUGGAAGGGGCAUCAAGGCUACCUACCGUAGCUCUCAGGGCGCAGACUUUGAGAUCAUCGUGGGCAGCGAAGCUCUGAUGACAGACUUUGCCGUUGUCAUUCCUACAUCCACAUCAGCCAACAUGCAGCAGUGGAAGCAAGGGGCCAAGUCCGUUGCCCUGGUCGCCGUCAAGCCUUGCUCUCCUCCAGAGUUCGCCGCGCCUUGGACUUUUGCUGUCGCUCUGUCCGUCUCCGACCCCAUCCGCCCGGAGGCUAGGCCUAUCAUCUCCGCGCUCCGCUCCCGCGGCACCCGCGUGUACAUGCUCUCGGGCGACAACGCCGUGACGGCCCGCGCCGUCGCCCUCGAGAUCGGCAUCGAGCCCGACAACGUCAUCGCCGAGGUCCUCCCCACCGACAAGGCCGCCAAGAUCAAACACCUGCAGGCGAGCCUGCACGCGCGCAAGUCGUCGUCGGGGGGGAGCAGAACCGAGUCGACCAGCCGGCGGGCCACGGUCGCCAUGGUCGGCGACGGCAUCAACGACUCGCCGGCGCUGACGCAGGCCGACGUGGGCAUCGCCAUCGGGUCCGGGUCCGACGUGGCCAUCUCGAGCGCCGACUUUGUGCUCGUCAAGUCGGACCUGCGCGCCGUGGUCACGCUGCUCGACCUCGGCGCCGCCGUGUUCCGCCGCAUCAAGUUCAACUUUUGCUGGGCGCUCGUGUACAACCUCGUCGCGGUGCCCGUGGCCGCGGGCGCGCUCUACCCGGUCAAGACGCCGGGCGGGUCGCACGUCCGGCUCGACCCCGUCUGGGCGAGCCUGGCCAUGGCGCUGAGCAGCAUCAGCGUCGUCAUGAGCAGUCUGCUGCUGCGGAGCGGGGUGCCCGGCCUGGGGUUCCGGGAGAAGAAGAUUGCUGUCUGA